AUGUCAAGUUCGACUCCACUCCUCUUGACGCCCGAGUCGUCAUCGGAGCAAGAAACCCUGAGUGAAGCCGCACCCAACCUGCAGUCCUUAGACGAGUUGGUCGAGUGGUGCUUGGGAGGGUUCGAGUGGACGCAGUUCUUCCAGGCCAUGACCGUCUCGGCAGCCUGGUUCAUUGACGGUCAGCAAGCUAUCAUUAGCGACUUCACCGACGCAGAACCAACCUGGCACUGCACAUCCGUGGCCAACACCACCUGUUCACUGAGCUCGAACGCGUGUGACCUUCCCGCAUCACAGUGGGCUUGGGAUGGGCCCUCCGACAAUUCUAUCAUAUCGGACUGGGCCCUCGAAUGCGCCAGCUCGUUCGUCACCGGCCUGCCCACUUCAUCCUUCUACCUGGGAUGCCUAUUGGGGGGCUUCAUCUUCGCCACCCUUGCGGACUCAUCCCUCGGACGGAAAAACUUGCUUCUAAUGUCGUGCCUAGUGAUGUCCCUGGCUGCAUUUGCGACGGCGUUCUCCGCCAAUAUCUGGAUGUACUCAGGCCUGAGGCUCGUAAGUGGGCUCGCACGUGCAUCUAUCGGGACCUGCGCAAUCGUACUGGCCACCGAAAUGGUCGGGGAAAAGUGGCAACGGUUCAUCGGGAUGAUGGGCCUUUUCAUGGAAACGCUGGGGAUGUUAUCACUAGCCCCAAUCGCUUACGCACUUAGGGCUGCCUCGUGGCGAAACCUCUACCUCACGACUUCUCUACUCGGGAUAGUAUAUUCUGCCCUAGUUUACUUCUUCAGCAGUGAGUCCCCGAGGUGGCUCUUGACGCAAGGACGAGAAAUGGAGGCUGUGGCGGUACUCGGAAGAAUUGCGCCCAAGAGGCAUAAUAGCCUGAAAUGUUACGUCUCCAGCCUUGCGCCAACCCUUAAGGAAGACUCAUCCAAGGUCAGCCUCUAUUCAUCGAUGAAGGAUCUGUUCAAGACCAGAAGGGCACUCAAACUACUGCUGAACGUCAUGGUCCUAGGGUUUGGCUCAGCGAUGAUGUACUAUGGUGUUCUUCUAGGGGUUGGGAACUUCGGGUACAGCAUCUACCUCGGCCUCACGUUGAAUGGGCUUCUGAUCAUUCCGUCGUACUUCACUUCAUAUUUCUUGAUGGAUCAAUUGGGUAGAAAGAAGACAUUGCUAGGGUCUACCACACUAAGCAGUGUGCUCAGCAUUGCGUACGCUCUCGUCCGGAGCGAGCUAAAGAGUGCCGGAAUGGUGAUGGAGCUAGCGUCUUUCUUCUGCGCUUGCAUGGCUGGUAACGUGCUGUUUAUCUAUACGGUUGAGUUAUUCCCUACACGCAUGAGAAAUUCGGCCACUUCGAUGAUGAGGCAGUCGAUGAUAUUAGGAAUCCUAUUUGAUCCGAUACUGAUUUCAGCAGGAAGGAGAAUUCGAUUCCUGACUUUUUUAGUGUUCGGACUCGCGAUAGGUCUAUGCGGGGCGGCGGUAAUAUUCUUGCCGGAGACAAGGGUAGUAAGGGUUUCCGAUAUGAUGGACGAAGAAGACCAAGGGACGAAUAAUGCAAAUGGGCGGUCAAUCAAUUAA